AUCAGAUCCGCCGCCGAGCUCGUAUGGCGCUUAAAACCCCUCCCAAAACCCUAACCCUAACCCAGAUUCUCUGAAACACUAACCCUAAGUCCCAACUCCGGCAACGGAUAGAACGUCUGAAUCUGCUAUCGAGUAACCACGUUGAAGCGGUUCUAUUCCCCGGCCUCCAUUCGACGCCAGAGCAAGAUGAGGAACGCGUGGAAGGCGCUCUUUCUUCGGAGCUCUUCACGGAUCUCAGCUCGAAGCUCGAGAAUUGGAUCCCUAAAUCUCCAGGUGAGAGCCCGGGAACCGCAAAAUCGUAGCUUUCUUGCUCCGUUUCUCGGCCGGCAGGCUCUUGGAAGCCCUAGAGACCGCUAUUUCUCGUCGGAGCCGGCCAUCGAUCGGAAGGAUCACGAUCACGCUCUCGUGGCGCAGAUAUUCUUGAAGCCGAUCGGGUCUGAUGAGAUCAAGGCCGAAUUAGAGUCCCUUAAUCUCUCGCUGGACCAAGAGACUGUGAACUUGGUGCUCGAGGACCUCGAAGGGAGCCCCGACAUCGCUCGGAGGUUCUUCGAUUGGGUCUUGGACAGAGGUAGUGUCAGGCUGAACUCGAAGUCAUAUAAUUCAUUGCUUGAGAUCAUCGGCACGAAGGGCCGGUCAGAGGAAUUUUGGGGUUUGGUUGAGAUCAUGAAGAAAAAAGGAUUCGGGAUAUCAAAAGGAACCUACUUGAAAGUCUCGGAGAGUUUUAAAGAGCAGGAAGUGGAGAGGGAUUUCAAUUUGUUGAAGGAAAUUUAUUUCUUGAAUUCCCAUGAGAAUGUAGUUGGGAGGAUGUGCCCUCAAAUUUGCAAGAUUUUGAGAGGAGCGGAUGAAUCAGGUGAAGGCGUUCAAAAGAAACUAGAAGACUUGGGUGUAGUUUUGUCGUCUGAUUUGGUCGUUGCAGUCUUGGAAAGGAUUAGCUCAUACCCUAAAAAGGCUCUGAUGUUUUCCAAUGGGUCGAGGAAAACACAUCUUUUAAAAUUGAUGGUAGAGUUUAUAAUGCAAUGGCCAGGGUUCUUGGUCGAGAAGAUUGCAUCAAAGAGUUUUGGGAUGUUCUUCAUAAGAUCAGAAAUGGCAGGCAUGAGUUGGAGCUGGAGACAUAUAUCAAGGUCUUGGAAAGGUUUCUCAAUAGGAAAAUGAUUGCAGAGGCUGUGAAUCUUUAUGAGUUUGCAAUGGGCAGUUCAGAGAAGCCUUCACCUCAGGAUUUUGUAUUUCUGUUGAGAAAAACAGUGGUAAGUAGAGAUCCAGAUUUGAAUUUGAUUACUAGGGUUGUUCGCAUUUUUAUAAAUGCUGGGAAUUCUAUCAAGGGACAAGUUUUCGACACGGUUCUUAAAUCACUGAGGAGCGUUGGUAAACUAGCAGAGUGCGAUAAGAUCUUGAAAGCCAUGGAAGAAGGGGGCUUUGUAGCAGACAGUUCUGUGCAUGAUCGGGUUGUGGUUGGACUUUGCAGUGCUGGGAGAUUGGAUGACGCGCUUGAAUAUUUAGAUAAUGUGGAAAAAGCAGGGUAUAGUUUGGAUCCAAAGACAUGGGCAUCUUUAGUUCAAAAACAUUCUCGGGCUGGCAAGCUAGAGAUGGCAUUGCAGUGUUUCUAUAAGAUGAUAGAAAGAAAGGAUGGUGAGAAUGUUGGCUGUGCCUUUGACGUGUUGGUGAAUGGGUUUUGCCAGAAAAACAGGGCAAAAGAUGCAUACAAGAUACUUAAGGAUUUGGUCACUAAAAAGAAUGUGGAACCUUGGCAAAGUACAUACAAGUUCCUGAUUGAAAGGUUGGUAAGUCAAGGAAAUAUCAAAGAAGCUUGCAGUCUUCUGGGGUUGAUGAAAAGCCAUGGAUAUCCCCCCUUUGUUGACCCAUUUAUUGGCUAUAUGUCUAAAUCAGGAACUGUGGAUGAUGCUUUGAGUUUUUUGAAGGCAGUGACUGGGAAAGAAUUCCCUUCAAAGACGGUGUUUUUGCAUAUGUUCGAAGAGUUGCUCAAGGCAGGGAGGCAUGAGUUGGCACAUAAUAUACUUUCUAAGUCUCCAGGAUGUGUUCGUAACCAUGCUGAUGUCUUGGAUCUCUUCUACUCAAUGAAGCCAGAUGAUGCUACUGCAGCAGCUGCAUAGGUGAUCUGCAGCACAGGUGCAAUCGGAUUAAACAGUGCGAAAAAAGGUUGAAGGAUUUACCUUCAGGUAAGUGUCGAUGGCUUGGUAGAGCCCGUCG